AUGCGGCGUCAACUGAUUCCGCUACAAGAGCUUCAAUUGCAUCAGAACCAGGGACAUCAACAACAGUCUUCGGGAUUACAACAGUUGCAGCAACAUCAGCCGAAUCAGCAGCAAAAGCAGCGAGAGCUGCUCAUAAAACAGCAGCAGGAACAACGGCAACAGAUUUUACAACAACAACAGUUGAGACAAAAAGAGCAGCUGCUAUGGCGGCAGCAUCAGACACAACAGGAAGAGGUAAAACGAGAACAACAGCUUAAGCAUGAAGAGCACCUGAAACAGCAACAGCUGCUUAAGCAGAAUCAACGCCAAGAACAGUUUUUGAGAGCAAAGCAGCAUCAGAAAUUGAAGCUGUCUAAACCAUGCAAACCACGAGUGCUCAAACGAAUCGAACUCCACAACAGUCAUAACCAAAAAAUCGCCCGCCCAAGCACCCGAAUGUUGAGUAAGCCAUUCAAAUUAUGCAUUUCGGAGACCGAGUUGUCGCGACGUUUGCGCUGCUUCACCAUCAAGCCGAAUUUUCUGCGCGUCUAUGGCUACCCAGUUGAGAGCGUGAAACACAAAGGAAAAGUGGAAAUAUUUAAAGGCCUGCCAGAUUCUUCGCGCGCAUGCAAUUCAAAAUCAAAGUUGGAACUGGUCAACUUUGGAUUGCAUUUACGUUCUUAUUCUGCUAGCAGCACCGACUCCGGCCAUGGUUCGAGCGCAUCCAGUUCACCCAACGCCGACUCGGAUUCGAGCGAAACUAGCGAGGAUGAGCCAAUUAUCGCUACUGCCUAUUUCACAGCCAGUGGCCGAAGUCAGGUCCUUCCGCCGAGUGCACACUCAUUGAGAAAACAAUGUGUGCGCUGUUUGAACUUCUUUCAUGUUACGGACGCUGGCACAUAUCUUAAACGCGAGAACUGCACCUUUCACUGGGGUAAAAUCUAUGAGUUGUAUAACGACCGCGAGCGCCGCUACAUCGAGCAGUAUACCUGUUGUUUUGGUACUAAAGAAGCGGCUGGUUGCACACGUCAUCCGCAACACGUGUGGACCGGUGUGGUGGCUGGCUUCAAUGGCCCCUACAGUGACUUUGUGCAUACGGGUCCGCAUGGAGAUGAUAAAAGCGCAGCGACCAAAGUGUAUGCACUCGACUGCGAAAUGUCUUUUACCGGUCGUGGACUCGAAGUGACAAAGGUAACGGUGAUUGGCUAUGACGGGCAGGUAGUUUAUGAGCAUUUCGUGCGACCUUUUACUCAUAUUGUCGACUAUAACACGCGUUUCUCAGGCAUCACUGAGAAGGAUCUCUGCAAGUUUUGGAAUAACGACGUAAAGACAUUGACCGAAGUGCAGCGCGACCUCUUAAAUUUGUUCGAUGCCGAUACCAUACUCAUCGGUCAUGGGCUGGAGAAUGAUUUACGUGUGUUGCGUAUGGUGCACAAGACGGUGGUCGACACUUCUAUCGUAUUUCCGCACAGACUCGGAUUUCCAUAUCGUCGUUCGCUGAAACACUUAACCAAAUCAUAUUUAAAGCGCGAUAUUCAAGUUAGCGGUGAUGGGCACGAUAGUCUUGAGGACACGCGUGCCUGCCUGGAGUUAAUGCUGUGGAAGUUGGACAAGGAAAUGCGUACGAAAAGAUGCUGA